AUGGUGUCCGAAGCGAAGGUGAAUGGUGGCGAGCUGGAGACGACGGCGGAGUUGCCGCCAGCGUUGAUUGAGAAACCGGCAGGUUUGCCGCCCGGCAAGUAUGCGCUCGUUGGAUGGGACAUGGAUACUACGGGUAGAAGGCUUAUCGAUGAGAUAUGUCAAAUUGCUGCUUACACACCGAAGCAAUCGUACUCGCAGUACAUAAUGCCUUACGGUGAUCUAAAUCCGGGCGCGCGUCGUCGUCACAACGUGCGAGUAGUUACCGUCGGACGGUAUCGCAUGCUCAAAGACACUAAUACUCAUAAGAUAUUGAAAACAAAGUCUGAGAUCUCUGCAUUGUCAGACUUUUUAGACUGGUUAGAGAAAGAGAAAGGAGAUGGUAGUGUUAUUCUUAUUUACCACGAGCCGCGCCGCCUUAGCCCCACUAUGCUGCUCGAAGCACUUACCAGGUACAAGCUCCUGGACCGUUUCAAAUCCAUAGUAGCGGGUUUCGCGGACAGUUACGCCCUCGCGGCGGACAAGUGCAAGGCGACGGUGAAGUCCGUGUCGCUGCGAGUGUUGGCGCGGGUGUUGCUCGACGCCGACUCGCUUUCCGUAGACAGUGCCUUAGAGAGGGCCACGGCCGCCUACAGGAUUGUUGAGCAUCUUGCCCAAGGUGAGCAACAGGAGGUAGGAGCGGGCGGCGAGGGUGCCUCCGCGAGUAAGGACAUGGUGGAGACCGCACGUGCCUGGGCGCGCCCCGUGCACACGGAGCUCGAGGCGCUCGCCACACUUAAGAAUCUAUUGGAGAGACAGAACACGUUCCGGCCGGUGUUCGCGCCGCUGCUGCGCUCUGCGCGGCCGGAGCGCAAGCGCGUGACGCAGCUGCGCCGCCUGCUCGCCGACGCGGGCCUGCUCUACGACCAGCUCAAGGACGCCUGGCAGGAGCACAAGCUCGCCGGUUUAGAGAAGCAGUUAGCUGGGUUGACUGUCUCUGCCAAAGAGGAAGAUAUAAAAGAACUGAUUGAGAUAUUUGACUGCCAUUUUGACCCUACCAAAGAGCCUAAAGGUCCUAAACCUAGACUUCCUAGGAAAAAUAGGGCGACGUCAUCAGCCGGCGAAACGGGCGAAGCGGAGGGUAGCACUAGCGAGUCACAGAACAGCUCGCCACACAACUCGCCUAACAAGACUAGUAAUGAUAUGGUGGCGGGCGAUUCUAGUCAAAAAGUGCCGGCGCCCGAGCCCGUGGCGGCCAACUAA